UGAAGAUGCUAUCAAUAAAUAUGAUUCUGUAAUGAAAACUGAGCCAGAUGUUCCAAUUUAUGCUACUCGUGCCAAAGAAAGGAUCUGCCACUGUUUAUCGAAGAGUCAGCAGGCUACAGAAGCCAUAAAAGUUUGUACAGAAGUUCUGCAGCUGGAACCAACCAAUGUGAAUGCCCUGAAAGACAGAGCAGAAGCUUAUUUGCUGGAAGACCUGUAUGAAGAAGCUAUUAAAGACUAUGAGACUGCUCAAGCCAAUAGUGAAAAUGACCAGCAGAUUCGGGAGGGGUUAGAACGUGCCCAGAGGAUGCUGAAGCAAUCACAGAAGAGGGAUUACUAUAAAAUCUUAGGAGUAAAAAGAAAUGCUCGAAAGCAAGAAAUCAUAAAGGCUUACAGAAAGCUGGCAUCCCAGUGGCACCCUGAUAACUUCCAGAGUGAGGAAGAAAAGAAGAAAGCAGAGAAAAAAUUCAUUGAUAUAGCAGCUGCUAAAGAAGUCCUCACUGACCCAGAAAUGAGGCGGAAGUUUGAUGCCGGAGAGGACCCACUGGAUGCGGAGAGUCAGCAGGGUGGGGGCAACCCCUUCCACAGGAACUGGAACACGUGGCAAGGAUUCAACCCCUUUGGUUCGGGAGGAGGACCAUUUACAUUCAAAUUUCACUUCAGUUAGAGCCAAGACUGUUUCUGUUGGCUGCUGCUGUUUUUUACUUAAUUCGUUGAAAAAUAAAAAGUCUCUCAGUUCAAGACCCAAAA